AUGGACAACCUCACCGUCUUCACAGAAUUCCUGCUCAUGGAUGUCGCAGGCUCCCGGGAGCUCCAGGUUCUGCAAGGUGUGCUGUUCUUAGUGAUUUAUCUGGGAGUGCUGACAGGGAAUCUUGUAACUGUCAUGCUCAUCGUGAUGGACACCCGUCUGCACUCUCCCAUGUACUUUUUUAUAAGCAAUGUCGCCCUCAUAGACCUUGGCAGCAUCUCUGCUAUUGUUCCCAAAGCCAUCGUGAAUUCCCUGACAGGCAGUAAGAUGAUCUCCCUGACAGAGUGUGCUGCGCAGAUCUUCUUGUUUUUACUGUUUGCAGCUGUGGAGAUUGCCUUCCUGGUGGUGAUGUCCUACGACCGCUAUGUGGCCAUUUGCCACCCUCUGCACUACGGGCUCACCGUCACCCCGCGUCUGUGCUCCCAGGCCACCGCUGGCUCAUGGUCCUCUGGUCUGGUCUACUCCGCUAUCCACACAGGCUGUAUGUUCAGGCUUCCCUUCACCAAGACCAAUGUGAUCCAGCAAUAUUUCUGUGAUAUUCCUCAGAUUCUGAGGAUAUCAUCCCCAGAGGCCCAGUUUUCUGAAUUUGUGCUCAUUGCUGUAAGUGCUUGUCUUGUCUCAGCCUGCUUUGCCUUUAUGCUCAUAUCAUAUGUUAACGUAUUUCUGACUGUGGUUAGGAUCCACUUGGUGGAAGCCCGUAACAAAACCGUAUCCACCUGCACCCCGCAGCUGGCCGUUCUCCUUUUGUUUCUCAUCUCUGUGACUGUGGCUGUCUUGGGUCCCACUGCAAAGAAACCAUCCCUUAAGAAUCUGCUGACGGCCAUGUUCUACACCAUGGUGCCCCCAUUCGUCAACCCAAUCAUCUACUGUCUCCGCAACAGGGAGAUUAAUGCUGCGCUGGGCAGAAUGCUCAGCAGAUGCUCUCAGUUCCCAGGCUAG